AAGCACGUGGGAUUAAAUCCAGAUUAUGGCUGUGGCACAACUAUGUGUGUGUAAGAUUGUGCGUGCCUGUUUGUGUCUAUUGCUUGUCUCAGUGUGUCCUUGGCUCCAUAGACAAGCAGCAGGUCGACUACACAGCUUCAACUGGAUGUGACAGCCAUAGGGAUUUAAAGCAGAGGAAUAUUUCUGUUUUGCAGGAUAUUUUGUAGUUGUUUGGUGGUGAAUUUGUGAUUACAUUAGACAAGGGAAUAUGGCGUUCUUGAUCAAAAGCAUGAUUGGAAACCCCUUGUCAGGGAUGGGCCUUGGAGGUGGAGGUGACAAAGAAGAAGACGAAACCCCCAAAGAUCCUGCAAAAGCAGCAGGGAUGACGCGUGAGGAAUAUGAGGAGUAUCAGAAACAGUUGGUGGAAGAGAAGAUGGAGAGGGAUGCAGAUUUUCUACACAAGAAAGCAGAAAGGGCGACAUUGCGGGUCUGCCUUAGAGAAAAAUACAGACUGCCAAAGAGCGAACAGGACGAAAACAUGAUCGAAAUGGCCGGAGACGACGUGGACGUGCCUGAAGAGCUCCUCAAGAUGGUGGACGAGGACGCCACGGAGGAGGAGGGCAAGGACUCGCUUAUGGGCCAGUUUCAGAACCUGCAGAACAUGGACAUGGACCAGCUGAAGGAGAAGGCUUCGGCCACAGUCACCGAGCUCAAGACCAAAGCCGAGGAGAAGUGCUCUGUCAUGUGAGGAGAGGAG